GUGGUAUCCUCCUUCAGCAGUGAGCGCUCAGUGACACAGCCAGCUCUGCCGCCUGGCCCAGGUGUCCAGAGAACGCGUGGCAGUACAGGGCCAUGGAUUCCCCUCUCUCACCCUCCUCUGCCAGGAAGGAAGCUGGGAUGUUCCUGACUCUAAUCUUCCUGCUCUCUGGUCGCAGCCAGCGAGCCAUGGCCGCCCAGAGGCAACAAGGUGUGGAGUGCAUCGUCUUCAACGAUCAGUACCUGACCUGUAUGUGGGGCAGCAAAGAGAUGCCGACAGCCAAUUAUUCGCUCUAUUACUGGUACAUUUCCCCAAGGCCUGAAAACCACAUGCCAGUGGAAUGCAAGCACUACCUCCAGGAGGAGGGCAUUAACACGGGCUGCUGGUUCAACCCCAGCGAGAUCAUCCAGUUCCGCACCUUCUACAUCCACAUCAAUGCCAGCCAUGAGGGCAGGAGCCUCGUCAUCCCCACCAAAGCCAUGAAGCUGCAGGACCUAGUGAAACCCGCUCCACCAGUGAACCUGACCAUCCAGAACAUAAGCAAUAACCAGCUGCAGCUGACCUGGGACUCCAUGUACAACAGGCCCCACUGCUUGGAAUAUGCUGUCAGAUACAAAAGCAACAAGGACACCAGAUGGACGGAGCACUUGGCCAGUGGCAAGAUCUUCUCCUUCCCUAGCGUGGACUACGAGAAGUAUUACACCUUCUAUGUGAAAAGCAAGAUCAAUCAGUACUGCGGCACCACGCAGCUCUGGAGCGAGUGGAGCGUCCCAGUGUUCUGGGGCAACAAUGCAACAGACAAGGGCGUGGCAGAGAAGCAGGCACCAUGGUUCUGGAUUCACGUGGUUCUCCCCACUGCCUCUUUGAUGCUCAUCCUGGUCCUUGUCAUUUUGUUGAUUAGAAUGGAAAGAGUCUGGGUCAUUUUCAUGCCCAGAAUCCCCAACCCCAGCAAGAACUUCGAUGAGCUCUUCAACACCCACCAGGGCAACUUCCCGGAAUGGGCCGGAGUCUCCAAGGACGUUGUGGAGAGCUUUAAUCCCAACUACAACGAGAGCUUCUGCUACGUCAGUGAGCUGCCCCCCAAGGAGGGAAGCUCGCCCCUCUGGGGGGGCCGUGACAAGCCGAGAGCCCCCCCGGGGCGCUCCUCAGCCCCAGCCUCCAGGAGCAGCCCUGGGCUGAUCCUCUCCAAAAAAAGCUACGUGGGAGUGUGAUGUUACCAGCAGGAGUUGGGAGUG